AAACAGCAGCUGAAGGCGUACUCACAAAGUUGAAGUUCAGUUCAAUCACCUAAACCUGUUCUAUGUCCGUCUUUUGAGGCAAAUUGUUGAAGACAGGAGGACAGAAGUUACAGGAGAAAAUUAAAUUACAAUAAACGAGGAGGAAACGAGGUAAAACGUGCUGUGUGGUAGGCUAGGGUUACCCAAAUGUCAACAUUUUCCCUCGACAUUAAGAGAGUUGUAAGAGAGUCGCCGGCUGCCAUGUGAUCCGUCUGCCGAUCCCGGCCAGAAUGUCACCCGUCAUUUGUAGCAUGUUGCCCGGUAAGCGACACCCACCUUCGUCGGUGUCGUCCAACUGAACUGCAACACGUCGACUUUGUUUAAAUUCAGAUUUCAGCGAAGUUUGCCGGUGAACAGGGUAGCCUCAGCAGGGAGCAACAUGCGCUCCUUAGCGGGACUUGCUGCCAUCGUGGCGGCGGCAAGUGUCUUCCUCUACCUGCUGUCGACUCAUCUUCCCCCGGGACCGACGCACGCCCAGCCGGACUCAGAGGGGGAUGAAGAGGGGCUCAAGGAGUACAGGCUGAAGUUCCCGUCGGACCUGGAUGAGCUGCGGGAGCUCGCAGAGAUGCUCAAGUUUUAUAAAAGAGAACAUCACGGCUACGUUCUGCUGCUGUUCUGCAGCGCCUACCUCUACAAACAGUCCUUCGCCAUACCUGGCUCCUCCUUUCUGAACAUGCUAGCUGGUGCAAUAUUUGGACCGUGGGAGGGUCUGGUGUUGGCCUGCCUGCUCACCACUGUUGGCUCCACAUUCUGCUUCCUGCUCUCCUCUGCGUUUGGGAAGCGGCACGUGGUUCAGUUCUUCCCAGAGAAGGUGGCCCUGCUGCAGCGGAAGGUGGAGGAAAAUCGUAGCAGUUUGUUCUUCUUCCUCCUUUUCCUUCGUUUCUUCCCUAUGACUCCUAACUGGUUCCUUAACAUCACCUGUCCCGUCCUCAACAUCCCUAUGCCCAUUUUCUUCUUCUCUGUAUUCAUAGGUCUGAUCCCGUACAACUUCAUCUGUGUUCGCACGGGCUCCAUCCUCUCAGAGAUCUCCUCCCUGGAUGAUAUCUUCUCCUGGGGGACACUGGCCCAGCUCCUGGCCAUCGCUCUCAUGGCUCUCCUCCCUGGAGCGCUGAUCAAACAGUACAGCAAAGCUCACCUUGAGGUGGGCGGCAUGGACUGUAACGGACCCAGCCAGGCUGAUACCAGGCAGGACCGGAAGAGACGAUGAUUCUGGGAUGAAUGGGGAAUCGUAGGGUUUGGGAUUCCCAAACCAGACAUCGUGUCCAAAGAAUUGAAAAACCUCUCCCCACUGGUAGGCCUGUGACCUGUUGUCCACUUCAGCCUCGUGAUUUCUGUAAGGUCCCGCCAAAGGCUCAUCAUACUUCUAGUAUGAUCUGUCCUGAAAGUUUGGAAGUGUCUGCAGCUCAUGUUACACCUGGCUUUAAGACUACAGUUUCCCAAAGAUCUCUCAAUGCCAAUAUAUAGAGCUAGAGUUUUAGGGAAAUCUUCUGAGAUGGGCCCUAAAAUUCCGUAGAUUCACAAUAAAACAAGGCUGAUUGGUUGCUCAAUAGUUCACAUCCUAGGAAAUAAUUCUGUGAUGAUUAGUGAUACAGCAGCUUUAAAAUCAUUUUGGUUGUCUUGACCUCGUCUUUUUUUGGCGUUUGGAAAAAAAACUGAGGAAUGCUCCCAAAACGCACACUUGAUUCUUUUUUGAAUUUCUCCAAACUACAUCUUCAAUUUCGGUGAAUUGUUGAGAUGAUGUGGAAAGUUCAUAAUCUCUCACUGACGUGAACACUCUGAUCUCAGUUGGAAUUCAUCCCAGGGCCAACCAAAGGCUGACCUAUGAUGCAAUAACGUGUUAGUGAUCUGUUGUGCGUCAUUACGUCGUUUUGCGUUUGUUUCUUUCCUGGUCGACCAUGACUGCGGUUGUAAAUUUGGACCUUCUGUCCAAUGCGUUGCCAUUGUGCCAAGACAUUACUAGAGCUUUAAAAGUAAUUUGCUCGGUGUAAUAAAUAUAAGAGCUGACCCUGCUGUGGAGAAAUCUGUUCUGGCUUAAACACACCGAUACACUUAGGAGUUUGGAGAUCAGACAAAUAACCAGCUAGACAAUAAUGUCUUUUCUCACAUACGUUUACUCAGUGACUCAGUUUGCAGCAGUUUUGGUUCCAGGAAUUGCAUGGAAACUUUUAAAUGUCUCACGUUUGAGUGCGUCUCUGUCUUUUCCUUAAGCACUUACUGUACACAUGUCUUAAUGUAGCUCUGUGCACAUCAGGUGUGAUCUUCUCAACAAAGGGAAGACUAAAUGAAUUACUAACAAACUGUAAUUGGCACAUGGCUUUUACUGUAUGCUUCUGUGGAGGUCUACUAACAGAUAGGGCUAGUUGCCUUGCUCAAAAGCACCUUGACAUCACCUGAGGGAGUUUACUACUGCUUUUCUUCACUAGACUCAGAUAGUGCAGGGUUUUACAGUGUAGAUACUCUAUGGAUGUAUGUGUUAAGCCAGUUGAAGUUAGCAUACAGUGAGGCCUGAUCUGUUAAUCUUACAAAAUAAGUUACUCUUUAAUAGUAUUUAAUUGGGAAGCUGUCAUGAGAAGAUUACAUCUUGUGCUCCUGUGAAUAUGUGGCAUUUAGUGGGGUUUAUUUUAUGUCUGUACCUGUCGGUGUAACUGAUUUACUGUUUGUUUGGAAUUGUACUAUUUAUUUAUUGUUAAAUCCGUAUUUUGCAGAGCAGAGAAUUUAUAGGGAAUGGUCUUAAAUUGUAGCCUAUUAUCAAAAAACUUAAAGGUCCAAUGUGUGGGAAUUUCUCCCAUCUAGCGUUGAGAUCAAAUAUUGCAAUCACCUCUCUCACACCACGCAGUUCAAAGUACGUAUUACAGCUACGGUAGCCUUCGCGCUUUUUUUCUGAUGAUGCCGGUCUCUGGCUAUUUUCAAUAUGCUUUUUCUUUUUCUGGGCGAAGAAGAAGACUCCUGUUCCUGAAAUUUGGAUUGUGAAUACAUGUGGUCCUCCAUGUUUCCUUCUUCAAACUUGCCGGGGCCGGGAAGCUACGAUACCCAUUUGCAGCGUUAGCAGCACCCGUGAGUUUAUCGCGUGACAGCGAAAACGUGAAAGGCGGAGCAGUAUGUCCUGUAUGUCCCUUACCGGCUAACGUAUUUCAAGAUGCCG